UGUGUCAAUUUUGAGGUUGUCAUUUUAAAACAUGUUAAAUAAUUUGAAACGAGUAAUUUAUCUCGAAAAAUGUCCCGGAAAGCGUUUUAUGUCGGUAAAACGCAAAUAUCCCAUUAAUCGUGAAGAAGCCAAAUCAUUGCCUGUCUUUGACUACGGUACUAGUAAGAAGUCAUACAAACGUGUCUUUGUAUGGGGCAACCUUCAUUCGGGGGCUUUAGGUGUCCCUUAUUUAAGGCGCAACGAAAAUGUCAUGCAACGGGAGAUAAUAGACGUUCCUAAACGAUUAGGUUUUGCUGAAAAAUUUCCAGUGACAACUGCUGCUUGUGGGUUUGGCUUCACUGCAUUUGCUGUAGAUACAGAGUCUGAGAAUAAAUUAUACGGCACGGGGCUUAAUACUGACUCUCAAAUUGGUAGACAUGAGAUACGUCAAGGGCAUCCUUUGGAAAUUAUCUAUUUUCCUCAAGCAAUUAAACUACCUCUGAAAAGUCCAACUAAAACUCGGAUACGAAAAUUAGCAGCCGGACGUGCACAUCUUGUAGUUUUAACAGAUGAGGGACUCUUCCUCUUAGGCAAUAAUUCCUACGGCCAAUGCGGGCGUGAAAUUAUCCAAGAUGAAAAUUAUUUCUUAAGUAAUUACAUAAACCACAUUCCCGAUAUUGACGGUAAGAAAGUAGCAGACAUUGAAUGUGGCCAAGACCACACUUUAGCUAUAACAGAAGACGGGGCUGUGUACUCCUGCGGUUGGGGGGCUGACGGCCAAACAGGCCUCGGCAAUUUUGACAACACAAGUGCCUUCACUAGAGUCACAGGCGAUAUUGAAUCCGAAAAAAUAGUAAAAAUAUCAUCCAGAUCUGACUUCGCUUUGGCCCUUAACAACAAAGGAGAAGUGUUUGGCUGGGGCAAUGCCGAGUACGACCAAAUUCCAACCGAAAACAACGAACAACAAGUGAGUCAUCCAGUCCACCUCAAACACUUGAAAUUAGGCAAAAUCGUAGACGUGGCAGCCGGGGGCUCAUUUUGUCUUGUUUUAAAUGAAAAUGGCGAGGUUUUCGUGUGGGGCUACGGUCUAGUUCUCGGGGGUCCCAAAGCUGACCAAACUUCCCAACCGAAAAAACUUCCAGACACUUUGUUUGGCCGCAACGACUUUCAACCAGACAAUAAAGUAAUUCAAGUAGCAUGUGGGUUAAGCUACGCAAUGGCUGUUACAAGUUUUGGUGAUAUUUAUGCGUGGGGGCGCAAUAUUAGGGGUUGUCUAGGGUUGGGGUUCACAAAUGACCAGUACUUUCCGUUUAAAGUGUCGCUAGGGGGUUUCGGAUGGAAGGUGUUUUGCGGGUAUGAUCACACAGUGGCACUUUGUAAGCCUUUUAUUUAAUAAAUUUAAGAGUAAAAAAUAAUUUGAAUUUUAUGCCUCCACGUCUGAUCCAUUUUCAUCAAAAACAAAACUUUCAUUGACGUUUCCAUUGGGAUACUUCAUUUGGACACUAGGACGAGCUUGAGAGACCCGAUUUGGGGCUAUACUCAUUCUCGGUUGGACACUGGACCGGGCUUGAGAGGCCCGAUUUGGGGCUAUACUCAUUCUCGGUUGGACACUGGACCGGGCUUGAGAGGCUCUAUUUGGGGCUAUACUCAUUCUAUGUUGGACGUAAGCAAGACUCUUUUUCCUAAAUGCACUAAUGCUCGGAUCUAAAAAAAAAAACAAAUUAGUCAUAGUUUUUACUGAAACGGUACCGACUUACUGUUACUAGAGGUACUUUCCAAUUGAGUGACUCUCCUUUGGAACGCUUCGUCCAAGUAGAAUAUGGGUUUGUUCUCCCCACCACCAUUUUUCUGAGCCAAAUUACUUACAGUUUUCCUCGUUUCGACUGGAAGUUCCGCUUGCUCCUCAUAUUCGUUAUUUAUACCUUUCAGUUUUUGCAAAUCUGCGACUAAUUUUAUGGGGUCACGGGUCCUGAGUUCGUCCAUAGUCAUUUCAUCGAUUGAUUUGCUACACAGAUCGAAAUCCAAUUGUGUCUUUGUGAUGACUUGACAGAACGUGCCGAAACGGUGAACCAACAUUGCGAAGAAUUGAACGACCAUAAGCAACGCAAAAAAUAUAAGAAAAACGAAACCAAUAGGUUCCAACUGGAGAUAUGUUAUGUAAACACCAAACUAAAAUUUUUAAUUAGUAACUAAACAUAAUAUAAAAAU